ACAACGGAUUAAACACCAGUUUGUACUUUUCCUUCACCAUCUCCGGACCGACGAUCCGCAUUGGCAUCGAGAAAUCGCCACGAAGCGAAUUCGAUUUCCUUUGAACACCUUUUCGGUCGACGAACUCUGCGGCUCCGCCCCUCGAUCAGACCUGGAUUCAUCGUCUCGUCGCGGAAAAGUUUGCAGGGUAUCGGAGCUCUAGGGCUCGGGAUCUCGCGGUUCUUUGCCUGGAUCGGUCUUUGGUUGAAGAGGUUAUGUUUCAUUAGAGCUCGAAGGCUUGAAGACUAGAAUCGAAAUUUUAAAAAUGCCGGUAAAGGCAGCGCAAUCAUCUUUUCGGGAUCGAACGCAGGAGUUUCAGAGUAUAGUAGAGAGAUUAAAGAAGUCGGUUUCAGCUGGGUCAGGACCAAAUGGCCCGAGUAGCAGUUCCAAGACAGAAGAACAGCGAUCAGGAGCUGCUCUUCAAUCUGAGUUCAAUCGGAGGGCUUCGAAAAUUGGGUUUGGGAUACAUCAGACGUCCCAGAAGCUUGCAAAAUUAACGCAAUUGGCAAAGAGAAACUGGGUUUUUGACGAUCCGACUAUGGAGAUUCAGGAGCUUACUGCUGUCAUCAAGCAGGAUAUUACUGCUCUCAACUCUGCUGUCGUAGAUCUUCAGUUCCUUUGCAAUUCCCGGAAUGAGGGUGGUGUCUCCAGUGACACGACUAGUCAUUCAACUACAGUUGUAGAUGACCUGAAAAAUCGAUUGAUGAGCGCUACAAAAGAGUUCAAAGAAGUUCUAACCAUGCGAACCGAGAAGCUGAAGUCACAUGACAAUAGGAGACAGAUAUAUUCUUCCCAGGCUUCAAAGGAGGCCGCCAAUCCUUUUGUUCGUCAACGUCCACUGGCUACUAGAACAGCUGCUAAUGCCUCGACAGCUCCACCUGUCCCAUGGGCUAAUGGCAAUGGGCCGUCGUCAUCGUCGUCGUCGUCGUCAUCCCCAUUGUUCCCCAGAAAGCAGGGAGAUGGGGAAAGUCAGCCUUUGCUGCAGCAAAGUCAACAGCAACAGCAAUUGGUUCCUUUGCAAGACAGUUACAUGCAGAGCAGAGCUGAAGCCCUUCAAAACGUAGAGUCUACUAUUCAUGAGUUGGGCAGUAUCUUUAAUCAGCUGGCGACCCUGGUUUCUCAGCAGGGAGAGAUUGCAAUCAGGAUUGACGAGAAUAUGGAUGAUACACUCGCAAAUGUAGAGGGUGCACAGGGGGCUUUGCUGAAGUACCUAAACAGCAUAUCAUCAAAUAGGUGGCUGAUGAUCAAAAUUUUUUUUGUAUUGAUUUUUUUCCUCAUGGUUUUCCUAUUUUUUGUGGCAUAGUCGGUUCCGAACGUAAAAAGAAAUUGAGGGACUUCAUGUACUCUACACACCUGUUCAUCCCUCCGAACCCCUAUCAGAUGCAUUCUCGCAUGGGCAGGUAGUGUUGGUGUUUGGUGCCCAGUUCUCUUUUGCCUUUCUAUGUAAUGAAGCACAUAAUCGGAAGAGAUAUCCUUUUUGGCCGGUGGAUCAAUUGUACAAGAUGUUGGAAACCACAAAAUUGAUGUAACUUUUUAUCCUCUU